AUAAUAAACUUUAUGACGAUGAAUGGUGAUAGUACACUAGUCAGUAAUUCAAUAGAUAGAUAUUUCAGGAAAAUUUAUUUAUCUUUCAUGUUUCAAUAAUAAUGUAUAAAUAUUAACUGGUGUGUUUGAUAAUAAUUCUCGAAGUCUUAACCGAAUAUUGCAACCGAAAACUGUGAGUUCUACAAAUUUUACUGUGUUUAUGUAGAGACGCAGCGGCAGCCGCGGGAGGAUGACGCGCCGCGACCCCGAGUUGUGGGAGCUCACCCUGGAGCACGGCGAGCACCGAGACGACCAGCUCUACCGGUUCGAGAAAGGCGAUCGCAUUCGGUUCUGUCCGGGGCCCAGCUUGCUCGGGCGAAGGGUGUACCUCUAUACCAACUAUGUGGCGGAACCAGACGCGGAUGACCCAAAAUGUGGGAGCGUGGAGUUUGGACAUAAGCAAUAUUACGCAUUGGAGUGGAGCGAGAGAGGCACUGGGAUGGGUGACGGGGCUCUCGUCACCGACACCGAGAUGUUCGCCGAGCUAGUAGCCGCGCGCGCCGGCACCUUCCACUACUACUUCGUGUACGACGAACCGAUCGCGCGCGCGGCUGACGGCGGACAAGGCUCGGGUUGGUUCGCGGUGACGCCGUCGCUGCCCACCGGCGCGCCUCUGGACGCGCUGGUGUGUCAGACCGUGCUCGCCAAGUGCCUGGGACCUCUACCACGGUGGCGCAGCGUGCUCGAAGUGGCGCACCGAACUGGCUACAACCUGCUGCACUUCACGCCGCUCCAGGUGCUGGGAGCGUCGGAUUCCAGCUACAGCAUCGCUGACCAGCUGAAGCUGGAUCCGCGGUACGACGACCCCGUCACGGGCAGAGAGGCUACUUUCGCUGAUGUUCAAAAUUUAAUCACCACCAUGCACGAAGAAUGGCAGAUGAUGGCGAUCUGUGACGUCGUGCUGAACCACACGGCCAAUGAGACGGCGUGGCUGCGGACGCACCGCGACGCCUCCUACAACUGUGCCAACUGCCCGCACCUGCGGCCUGCGGCUGUUCUGGACGCGCUCCUGGCGCGGCUCACGGCGGACGUGGCGGAUGGCCUCGUACCGGCUGUAUGCGGCUCGCUACCCGCGCGCCUGGACUCGCCGCACCAGCUCGACGCGCUGCGCCCGGAGCUGGAGCGGCGGCUGUGCGACGCUCGCUUGCACGAGUUCUUCUGCUGCGACGUGGACGCGCUCUCGGCCGCCUUCCUGCAGCGCGCCGCUACCAAGGUGCCCGGUGUGUCCCCGUCCGACACGGAGGAACUGCACCUGGUGCCAGACCCGCUGCGGCGGCGUCUGCGAGCCUCCGUCGACAUGGACCGAGCGCUGGCUCUCUACAACGUGUACAGGUCGGAGUGGGAGGACGAAGCGAGCCGCGUGAAAGCGUGCGCGGCGGCCUUCCGCCAGCGACUGACCCAGCUCAAUGAGCACGCGGAGGACACCGUGCGUGACCACCUGCGUGCCGCAGUCGACAACUGUCUGGCGGGCAUGAGAUACGAGCGCCUGCAGACGGAUGGGCCGCGCGUGAGUGAGGUGAGCAGCGAGCGGCCUCUAGUGGCGCGAUACUUCACGCUGCCGGAGCUGCCUGAUCUGCGCCACUACGAGGACUUUAUCUACGGGGACCAGGGAUGCGAGGUGAUGGCCCACAACGGUUGGGUGAUGAACGCUGACCCGUUGCGCGACUUUGCGGCGCGUGAGGAGGACGGCCGCGUUUACUUGCGGCGAGAGCUCAUCGCGUGGGGCGACAGCGUCAAGUUGCGGUACGGCGCGGCGCCGGAGGACAGUCCGUUCCUGUGGGAGCAUAUGCGGCGCUACGUAGAGCUGACGGCACGCGUGUUCGACGGCCUUCGACUCGACAACUGCCACUCCACGCCGCUGCACGUGGCGGAGCACCUGCUGCAGUGUGGCCGGCGGGUCAAGCCGGACCUGUACGUGGUGGCUGAGCUGUUCACCAACUGCGACCGUCUCGACAAUAUCUUCGUUAACCGGCUCGGCAUCACGUCACUCAUCAGAGAGGCUCAGAGCGCGUGGGACGCGCACGAGCAAGGCCGCCUCGUGUGGCGGUACGGCGGGCGGGCCGUAGGUGCGUUCCGAGCGCCGGCGGGCGGGGCGCGAGCGGCGCGGGCCGGCGUGGCGCGAGCGGCGCGGGCCGGCGUCGCUCACGCCGCGCUGUUGGACCUCACGCAUGACAACCCCAGCCCCGUGACGCGGCGCUCCGUGUUCGACCUGCUGCCAACCGCUGCGCUUGUGGCCGCUGCCGCCUGCGCCGUCGGCUCCACGCGCGGCUACGACGACCUCGUGCCGCACCACGUACACGUGGUGGACGAGCGGCGACUGUACCCGGCAUGGAGGGUCGAGGGUGUGGGGGAGGAGGAGGUGGCCGUGGACGAGGCCAGUGGCAUGAUGGCGGCGCGGCGACAUCUCAACGAGCUGCACGUGCACCUGGCGCGCGACGGAUACCACGAGGUGUUCGUGGACCAGAUGGACGAGCACGUGGUGGCCGUCACGCGACACGACCCCGUCUCCCGCAAGUCUGUGAUCGUCGUGGCGCACACGUGCUUCGGCGCACCCUCGGCCACGCCUGCUCCUCGCACGCUGCGCCCGCUGCGGUUCGAGGGUCAGCUCGACGAGAUCCUGCUGGAGGCGUCCAUCCGCCACAAUAACCACGGAAAAACCGGGCGGCCAUUCGAACCGCCGGCCGAGCACGUUCCUCACCCGCGCUACAUCAACGGGCUGGGCGAGUACGAGGUGAACGUGCGCGCGCGCGUGCCGCUCGCCGAGUCGGCCGUGUUCGAGCGGGCGACCGGCGACGGCCGCGCCACCGAGCUGCACUUCCGGGGCCUGGCGCCCGGCGACGUGGUGGCCCUGCGCGUGCGCCCGGAGCCCGCCACUGCUGCCGCGCUCGCCGCCCUGGCGCCCCUCACCGGGGCCCCGGCCCCCGACCCGCUGCGGCUGGCGCCCGCGCUGGCCGACCUCACGCUGUCCGACUUCAACGUGCUGCUGUACUGCUGCGAGGCGGAGGAGCGCGAGCGCUGCGGCGGCGGUGUGUACGACGUGCCGGGCGCCGGGCCGCUGGCCUACGCGGGGCUGGCGGGCGCGCACGCCGCGCUCGAGCCGCUCGCGCUCGCCGACGACCUGGCGCACCCGCUGUGUGCCAACCUGCGCGCCGGCGACUGGCUGCCCGACUACACGUGGCGGCGGCUGGAGGACGACCAGCGCCUGGCGCCCGUGGCGGCGCUCUACCGGGAGGCGCUGCAGCCGCUGGCCGCGUUGCCGCGCUUCCUCGUGCCGUGCUACUUCGAGCUGGUGGUGCGCGCGUUGUACACGGCGGUGCGUGCCGCGGCCCUGGCCCGCCUGGGCGGCGCGGCGCGCGGCUCGCGCUUCGCUCGCGAGCUGGCGCUCACCAGCGUGCAGCUGACGGGCGUGCGGCCGUCGGCGCCGCUGCCGCGUGCGCCGGGCGCCGCGUCGCUGUCGGCGGGGCUGCCGCACUUCGCGGUGGGCUACAUGCGCUGCUGGGGCCGCGACACCUUCAUCGCGCUGCGCGGCGCGUUCCUGCUGACGGGGCGCGAGGCGGACGCGCGCGCGCACAUCCUGGCGUUCGCGGCGAGUCUGCGGCACGGUCUGAUCCCGAACCUGCUGGACGGCGGCCGCAACGCGCGUUACAAUUGCCGGGACGCCGUCUGGUGGUGGCUUUACAGCAUCCAACAGUAUUGUACGGAGGUGGCCGGGGGAGCCGCGCUCCUCACUGAACCGGUGUCGCGCCUGUUCCCGAGCGACGAGUGCGAGGCCGCGCCGCCCGGCGCCGCCGAGCAGCCGCUACAUGACGUCAUGCAGGAGGCGCUCGACAGACACUUCCAGGGAGUCGUGUUCCGUGAACGAAACGCCGGCCGCCAGAUCGACGCGCACAUGACCGACAAGGGGUUCAACGUGCAAAUAGGGAUCGAUCCCGAGACCGGCUUCCCGUUCGGCGGCAACGACGCGAACUGCGGCACGUGGAUGGACAAGAUGGGGUCCUCCGAGCGCGCCGGCAACCGCGGGCGGCCCGCCACGCCGCGCGACGGCAGCGCCGUGGAGCUGGUGGCGCUGGCCUACAGCACGGCGGCGUGGCUGGCGGCCGAGCACCGCGCCGCGCGCUACCCGCACCCGGGGCUGGCGCGCCGCCACCGCGACGGCGGCGUGUCGGCGUGGACGUGGCCGCAGUGGGCCGAGCGCGUGCGCCGCAGCUUCGAGCGCCACUUCUGGGUGCCGCCCGCGCCCUCGGCCGCCGACGCGCGCCCCGACCUGGUGCACCGGCGCGCCAUCUACAAGGACUCGCACGGCGCCUCGCAGCCCUGGGCCGACUACCAGCUCCGCUGCAACUUCCCGGUGGCCAUGGCGGUGGCCCCGGACCUGUUCGAGGCGCGGCACGCGUGGGCGGCGCUGGAGACGGCGGGCCGGCUGCUGGCGGGCCCGCUCGGCCUCAAGACGCUGGACCCCGCCGACUGGAACUACCGCGGCGACUACGACAACUCCGACGACGGCGUCGACCCCAGCGUGGCGCACGGCUUCAACUACCACCAGGGGCCCGAGUGGGUGUGGCCGCUGGGGUUCUACCUGCGCGCGCGCCUGGAGGUGGCGCGGCGGCUGGGUCGCUCGCAGGCGGGCGCCGUCCUCGCCGCUCUGGGCCCGCUGCUGCGCGAAAUGCGCGGCUCGCCGUGGCGCGGCCUGCCCGAGCUGACGGGCGCGGGCGGCGCCUACUGCCGGGACUCGUGCCGCACGCAGGCAUGGAGUUCGGCAUGUAUCCUCGAGGCGCUGGUGGAUGCCGAGAAGGAGCUGCUCGCACGUCCGCUGACCGCCGACUGACCGAUGGCGGCGCCUCGCCCUCCGCCCCCCCGCGUCCCGCUGGCACGUUUCACCCCGGCCCCCGGCGUGCUACUCGACGUGCCAGCCGUGCGACCCCCGGGCCGGCGCCGUGUGCUCGCGCCAGACUCGCACGGAGGCAGCAUGGGGUACCCACGGCGGGUUCUCGUGCCCAACUACCGACAAGGGGGAAGCGGCGGGCACCGAGUGCCACGCCGAGCGCCGGGCCGACCGUCGCACUCGCCCGCACGCGUCCCGUGCGAGCGCGAGGAAGGCCCGCUAUACAGCUCGGUGAUAUACAGCACGCGGUCCGUACCGCGCUCUCGGGCGAGGUCGCGCGUGCGAGGGGCGGUGCGUGCACUACUGGCGACGAGCGGCGCCUUCUACGUGACGUCACUGCUGGCUAUGUGCUGGCUCUCGCUAGCCGCGUGACGCUCACCGGCGCUAUUUACAAUUAUUUCGUUGAUCGUUGUAAUAACAAAAAAAAUUAUAAUAAUAUAUUGUGAAAGUGCAGCUUCCUUAUAAGUAGUAACGUCAGCCUUGAAUUCGAUUUGUAAAUUCAUAACUCACCCGAGGUUCCGAACAAGCAGUGGAAAUAUUUAUUUUGCUAGUUUUUUUAAACUUAAUCUACUUUUCUCGAGAGCGAAACAGCAAUAACAAUACCUACUUUAAAAUAUUGUGAAAAUAAUAUAAUUCCAAAUUAUCUGAAAGUACAAUAUGAUAUAAUUAAGUGUUAGAAAAUCGAGCCUUCAGAAAUGUAGUAAAAAGUUUAUUAAGAAACUAUAUAGCAAUUAAAGUGAUUUUUUUUAAACGUACUUUUUAAUCAGUUAUCAUUAGCAAAACUAAUUAUAUUAUUAAAUGUCUAGGUACACUAUUAACACCCGCGUGUAUGUUGUUAAAGAUUUUAUUAAUUUACAUAAAUAUUUAUAUUUUUAGUGAAAGUAAAUAUGAUUUAAAACAUAAUAAUAUUAAUGAAAUACGUUUCCAUCUACCACAGAGGUUUCACUUGUUUCCCGUCUUCGUGUUCACGGUUAAUAUUAAAAUUUAACAUUGUUUUCGACGUGCCAUAUUAUGUAAUCUAACUUUAUUAAUAAUUCAAAUUGUAACAUUACCUUCUUUUGUUUUAUAUACAUUUUUGUACUGAACACUGGUAAUUGUUUGACAGUUCGGUUAUUAAAAUUUAUACUUAAUACAUAAUCAUGUUCUUUACUUCCUACCGAGACGAAUCGCCUCCGAUUCCCUUUGUUUUAUAAUUAUUGUAUUUUACAUUACUGUGUGUUUUCUAAGCCCACAUUGAUGUAGGGUCGACCGGGGUCAAUAGUAACAUUAGCAAUAUUUCGGUAACUAAGCUCAGCAUUAAGAUUAAAAUUUACCAAUCGACUAAAUAGUCGAUUUCAGUACAUAUUGGCUCCUAAAUCCCGUAGAUAAGGAAUAUAAUGUUUCUUAAUUUACAUUUUGCGUUUCUUAAAUAUAAAGUAUGUCGUCACAAUCGACGCGUUUAAGUAAAAAUUUAUACUAUUGUCCCCGGUCUACCCUACAAUAGUUUUGUUUUUAUACUACAUUGUAUUUUACUGUUAAUAGUUAUGUUACUGGAGUACAUGUAAAGUUAAAUAUUUUAUUAAAAUACUUAUUGUUUCUA